GGAGGUGUACUGAGGCUGCUUAAGAAGACUCUAAGCCAUUUCUCAAACUUGAAAGAAGCUUUGUGCAAGCGGCAGCGGCGACGAAGGGGAAAAUAAUUAGAACGGUGGCGCAAAGCGGUGUGCCGGUAUCGUGAAAGGAGAAACUGCUGUGAAGACGGCUUCCACACCUACAACUUGCAUAGGCGAUGAUGCAUUGCUGACUGCCUGGGGCCCGCUAUGCACCUUUAUGCAGAUGUGCCCCGCAAAGGCGGUAAUAUAUGAAAAGAUAUUGCCGCCGAGGUGCUAGAGGAUGAAGGGUACGGAGUACGGAUAGGACGAUGGAGGAAACUUCUUUUUAUACGAGGUGACAACCCAGCAAGUAUUUUCCGAAACAGUUUUCAAGCAACGGUGUGCUAAUGUUAACCAAUAUCUCUCCAAAGUUACGACUGUUUUCAAAGUUUUACUCUACUGCCCUGUCGGUUCCCAAAGAAUCAGUCGUCGAGCCGAGGAAGUUGCUGUUUCCCCCAAAAUACAAAAAACCGAGACAAGUGUGGCUGGAAAAUUUGGACACCAUUGAUGAGCAGAAGCUUGGUAUCCUAGAGCUACACCCUUCCGUAUUUGCGGCAAAUCCAAGAAUCGAUGUUAUACAAGCGAAUGCAAGAUGGCAAACCCUAUACCGAUAUGUCAGCUAUGCACAUACAAAGUCUAGGUUUGAAUGUAGAGGGGGUGGAAGAAAACCAUGGCCACAGAAAGGUUUGGGUAGAGCUAGGCAUGGUUCAAUUAGAAGUCCACUUUUUCGUGGAGGAGGUGUAAUUCAUGGUCCAAAGUCACCUACUCCUCAUUUUUUCAUGUUGCCUUUCUAUACCAGAAUUCUGGGUCUAACAAGUACUUUGUCUGUGAAGCUAGCUCAAGAUGACUUACACAUUGUAGAUAAUUUGGAAAUACCUACAGAUGAAAGUACCUAUUUAGAAGAACUUGUUAAAACCAGGAAUUGGGGGCCAUCUGUGUCGUUUGUUGAUACGGAGGAUAUCAUGCCAAGAAACAUUACAGCUGCUUCCGAUGCUGUGAAGCAUUUCAAUCUGAUGCCAGUAUAUGGUUUGAAUGUGUACUCAAUGUUGAAACAUGAUACACUUGUACUUACUAGGUCAGCUGUCGAUACUAUAGAAAGUAAGAUACUAACUCAUUUGCAUAAAAGUGAUACUACAGCUUGUUUGUCAAAAUACAAAGUAGAUCAGAAAUAAUAAAUCAUAUAUUUAGUAUAUAAGA